AUGACUGACUUAAUUGCAAGGAAGCCCUACUUUGGGCUUGUCGGAGGAUGGCUCACCUUUUGGAUUACGGUUGCUUGUGCUACGGAUAUGACCCUGUUCGGGUAUGACCAAGGGGUCUUUAGUGGCGUGGUUGUUACCCAGAACUUUCUCGAGGUCCACGAUUUGGUCGGGCCGUCAAAGACUUCCACUCUGUCGACCGUCACAGCCAUCUACGACGUCGGCUGCUUUCUCGGGGCCCUCUGCGCCUUUGCCAUCUCGGAACAACUCGGUCGGAAAAAGUCGAUUUUGAUCGGAACAGCCAUUAUGGCGGUGGGCACCAUUCUGCAGGCGAGCUCGUACCAUCUCGCUCAGAUGUUUGUUGGCCGAACCAUCCUAGGAAUUGGAAACGGCAUCAACACCUCCACAGCACCCAUUUGGCAGACCGAGACUGCUCAGGUCUCCUGGCGAGGCCGACUGGUCAUUUUGGAGAUGGCCUUGAAUGUUGGAGGCUUCAUGCUCGUCAACUGGAUCAACUACGGGCUUUCGUUCCACGGCGGAGCUCUGGCCUGGAGACUUCCGAUUGCCCUCCAGUUUUUCUUCAUCUUCGUUCUCGCUGCCACGGUUCCUUGGCUGCCCGAGUCUCCGCGAUGGUUGCUAUGCCACGGCCGCACGGACGAGGCUUUACACGUCAUUUCGAGCAUUGAGGCUAAGCCAAAAGAUGAUCCCUAUGUGGCAACGCAGCAUCGCGAGAUCGUCUAUAGUAUCCAGUAUGAGCGAGAAAAUGCGGUACCCUGGCGGGAUCUGUUGACUGGCCGGUCUACCAACGAUACCAAAACCUUGCGACGGUUGCUGCUGGGGGCCGGCUCCCAGGCGCUGCAGCAGUUUCAGGGGAUCAACAUCAUGUCGUACUAUCUGCCGCUAGUGCUCAUCAACUCGGUCGGCCUUUCCAACAGCAUGUCGCGACUGCUCAGCGCAUGCAAUGCGACGGUGUAUUUCGUGUUUGCCAGCGUGGCUGUCACGAUGGUUGAGCGAUUUGGCCGACGUGGUCUCAUGCUGCUCUCCACCUUCGGGCAGUUCGUCUGCUUCUUGGUGAUCACCAUUCUGCUCCGCUUUGCCGAAAUAGACACACGAUACGCGACUGCUUCGGUCGCGUUUUUCUUCCUCUAUUAUAUCGCGUUCGGCAUUGGAAUGUUGGGGGUGCCCUGGCUGUAUCCGACCGAGAUUAACUCGCUGCCCAUGCGGACGAAGGGUGCAGCCGUGUCGACAGCGACAAACUGGAUCACCAAUUUUGCCAUUGUUGAAAUCACACCAAUUGGCAUCCAGCAGAUUGGCUGGCGGUUCUGGAUCGUCUGGACAGUCACCAACGCGGCCUCUCUGCCCAUCUUCUACUUCUUCUACCCCGAGACUGCAAAUCGGACUCUGGAAGAUCUGGACGACUACUAUCGCUCGAACCCACCGUUGGUGGUUACGCGGGAUCCAGACGCAGUGUCCACGCAGCGUCCCUGGCGAUACCGGCAGCGCGAGGAGGCAGAGUACGAGCGACAGAAGAAUGCCCAAGCAGGUCCAGAUGCGUCAAAGGAUAGCAGCGCGGCCUCGGUGAGCCACGUGGAGUGA